AUGUAUGAUUCUAAGGAUGAAGGACCUCCAAUCAAAAAUCCUCAGGGUACAGGAUUAGGUCCCAAGACAAAGAAUUUAUGGUCCCAAGAAAUUCAGGAAAUUAGUGCAAAGCAAGGUUUGUCUCCUAGAGGUAGGAAACAGGACAUACAAGCUUCUCAACAUCACCCAUGUACUUCUGAAACCUCUAGCAGGCCCAUGACAAAAUCUAAAUCCAAAGAACCUUUUGCAAAUAAUAACCAGCUUAACAUUGUGAGGAUGCAAUUGCAAAUGGAUAAUGCAAUUAGCAAUGAUAAUGCCACUGUCAAGAUGCAGAAUGACGAGGGACAAAACAUGGACCUUUACAUCCCUAGGAAGUUCUCUGCCACUAACAGGCUGAUAACUUCCAAGGAUCAUGCAUUUGUUCAGCUCAAUGUGGGCCAUUUGGAUGAGUCUGGCCGAUACACUGGCCAGUUCACCACUUAUGCUUUCUUUGGAUUAAUUCAAACCCAGGGAGAUGCCGAUAGUGCUCUUGAUAGGAUCUAG